CACAGAGCCAGCUGGGCCCCAAAGGCCUUAGCGAGCACAGGCUCCAGCGACGGCUGACCCCUGACCUGGGCUCUCCGCGCAGUGGGCCAAGAGGCAUGUCGGUUUUCUGCCACCUACAGGACAGACAAUGAAGCUGAAGGAACUUGAGCGGCCAGCUGUCCAAGUGUGGAGCCCAGCCAGUCAGUAUCCUGUGUAUCUGGCCACAGGAACAUCUGCCCAACAGCUAGAUGCCUCCUUUAGCACAAAUGGCACAUUGGAAAUCUUUGAGGUUGAUUUCAGGGAUCCUUCUAUGGACUUGAAACAAAAAGGAGUCCUUUCUGCCUCGAGCAGGUUUCACAAGCUGAUCUGGGGAAGCUUUGACAAUGGGCUUCUGGAAAGCUCCGGGGUUAUUGCAGGUGGUGGAGACAAUGGCAUGCUUACUCUGUACAAUGUGACCCACAUCCUGUCUUCUGGAAAGGAGCCUGUGAUUGCCCAGAGACAGAAGCACACAGGAGCUGUCAGAGCCCUUGACUUUAAUCCUUUCCAGGGCAACCUGCUGGCCUCAGGGGCAAGUAAUUCUGAAAUAUUCAUUUGGGAUUUGAAUAACCUGAGCGUUCCAAUGACCCCAGGAUGUAAGUCACAGCAGCCCUUAGAAGACAUCAAGGGACUGUCUUGGAACCGUCAAGUCCAGCACAUUCUGUCUUCUGCUCAUCCCAGUGGCAAGGCAGUUGUAUGGGAUCUCAGGAAGAAUGAACCUAUCAUCAAAGUCAGUGAUCAUAGCAGCAGGAUGCAUUGCUCGGGCCUGGCCUGGCACCCAGACAUAGCUACCCAGUUAGUGCUGUGCUCAGAAGAUGACCAUCUCCCAGUGAUUCAGUUGUGGGACUUACGUUUUGCCUCCUCACCCCUGAAGGUGCUAGAGAGCCACAGCAGGGGAAUUUUGUCAGUGUCAUGGAGCCAAGCUGAUGCUGAGCUGCUGCUCAGUAGUUCCAAGGACAACCAGAUCUUGUGCUGGAACCUUGGGAACAGUGAGGUGGUGUAUAAGCUACCCACACAGAGCAGCUGGUGCUUAGAUGUUCAAUGGUGCCCUCGGAACCCUCCAGUGUUCUCUGCUGCCUCCUUUGAUGGCUGGAUCAGUUUGUACUCUGUCAUGGGUAGGAGCUGGGAAGUCCAACACAUGGUACAGGCUGACAAGAUUUCCUCUUCCUUCAGCAAAGGCCAGCCUCUUCCACCAUUGCAGGUACCAGAGUAUGUGGCCCAAGCAUCAUUGAUACCUCCCUUGAAAAAGCCCCCAAAAUGGAUUAGAAGGCCAUCAGGUGUUUCAUUUGCUUUUGGGGGGCAGCUGGUCACUUUUGGCCUUUCCAGUACCCCUGCCCAGGAGUUGCCACAGCCUUGUCCCCGCCUUGUCUUCAUCAGUCAAGUCAUUACAGAAUCUGAAUUCCUGAUGAGGUCACUUGAGCUUCAGGAGGCCUUGGGAUCAGGAAAUCUCAUGAAAUAUUGUCAGAACAAGAGCCAGCAGGCUUUGCUGCCAUGUGAAAAGAUGCUCUGGCAGUUCCUAAAGGUGACUUUAGAGCAAGACUCAAGAAUAAAAUUCCUAAAGCUUUUAGGAUACAAUAAAGAUGAGCUUCUAGAGAAGGUGACCACAUGGUUGAAGAGGGACUUGGGGCCAGCAGAGAGCCCUCAGCCCAGGAAAGAUAACUUUAACAGAAACAGACAACAAGUCUUCUGCAGCCAGGCCUCCAAACAUACUACAGAGGAUGCCUCUGCAUCCUCAGCCUUCUUUGAUGAGCUGGUUCCUCAGAAUAUGACCCCAUGGGAGAUCCCCAUCACAGAAGACACUGAUGGACUCCUGAGCCAGGCCCUGCUGCUUGGGGAACUGAGUUCUGCUGUGGAGCUGUGUCUGAAGGAAGAGCGUUUUGCCGAUGCUAUCAUCUUGGCUCAGGCUGGGGGCACAGAUCUGUUGAAACGGACACAGGAGCGCUAUUUGGCCAAGAGGCAAACCAAAAUUUCCUCGCUUCUAUCCUGUGUUGUGCAGAAGAACUGGAAGGAUCUGGUGUGUGCCUGUAGCCUGAAGAACUGGAGAGAGGCACUGGCCUUAUUGUUAACAUACUCAGGGCCAGAGAAAUUCCCUGAGCUCUGUGACAUGCUGGGGACUCGCAUGGAGCAGGAGGGUGGCAGGGCAUUAACCUCUGAAGCUACACUCUGUUAUGUGUGCUCAGGGAAUGUGGAGCGGCUAGUAGAGUGCUGGGCAAAAGGCCACCAGGCCUCAUCCCCCAUGGCUCUGCAGGACCUGAUAGAGAAGGUAAUGGUCCUUAACAGGAGCUUGGAACCUCAGCAGGCUCCUAAUGGGAUAAGCCCAGGCCCUACUACAACCUACAGGAUCACCCAGUAUGCCAACCUCCUGGCAGCUCAGGGCAGCCUUGCCACUGCCAUGAGCUUUUUACCCAAUGACUGUGCUCAGCCACCAGUUCAGCAGCUAAGAGAUCGGCUUUUUCACGCCCAAGGUUCUGCUGUCCUGGGUCAACAGUCCCCCCCUUUUCCCUUUCCCCGGGUUGUUGUGGGAGCUACCACCCCCKUCAAAGAGACAUCAUCUUACAGAUUGGGAUCCCAGCCUUCUCACCAGGUUCCAAGUCCAUCUUCAAGGCCUACAGACACAUUUCAGCCAUCACUAGUAAUGCCCUUGACACCCUCCCAUCCUAUCCCCUGUCAGAGCUUCAGGACGAAGAUUAUAAGUGACUACAGGACACCUGAACCCCAGGCAAUCCAGCCUUUGUCUUUGGGCCCUGGGGUCAGGCCUGCUUUAUCUCAGCUGCAACUAUUAGGAGGACAAAGGGCUCCACCCUCAAACCCUGUGAGAUUCCCUGGAUCAUGGCCUGUUUCUGGUCUUCCUUCACCCAUGGCAGCCCCAGACAUCAUGGUGCCUGGCUCUACUUCUCUGUCUGAGACUCCUAGACUACUCCCUCUGCCUUCUGUGAAACCACCAGGUCCCAGCCCUCUGAGCUCCCAGCUCCUGGCCCCUCCUGCCUACUCUCCUGUAACUUACCCUCCCGGAGGGCCAGGUGCUCCAUGCUCUAGCUCUCUCUCAAGUGCUAGCAUCUUGACCCCUCAUCAAGGACCUCAAGGAAAUCUCCAGAGGAAAAAGCUCCCAGAGAUAUUUAUGCCUCUAGCACCAAUUACUGCUCCAGUUAGGAGCCUUAUCCCUGAGCCACAACGGGUCCUUCCAUCACAGACCCCCAUUUCCAGUGUGAAUCAUGCUCCCCCUGGAGCUCCAGGAGAACUCAGCCUACAGCAACGUCAGCAACCACCUCCUAAGAUGAUAGAAAGAAAGGCACUGCCCCCAGAGCAUCAGUCCUUGAAGACCAGCUUUGAGGCACUUCUCCAGCGCUGCUCCCUUUCUGCAACUGACUUAAAGACAAAAAGGAAGCUGGAUGAGGCUGCCCAACGUCUAGAAGGUCUAUAUGAGAAACUCUGUGAGGGGACGCUCUCACCUCAUGUCCUGGCUGGGCUACAUGAAGUCGCCCGAUGUGUGGAUGCAGGAAGCUUUGAGCAGGGCCUUGCAGUGCACGCCCAAGUGGUGGGCUAUAGCAGCUUCAGCGAAGUGUCCAGCUUCAUGCCUAUCCUGAAGGCUGUCCUCACCAUUGCACACAAGCUGCAGGGCUAAGCCAGUCAGCCUCUCUUGCCAAGAGGCCACUUCUGUAUUACUUAACUACCCCCUGCAGAGAAGGAAAAUUGUGCAACAGAUUCUGUUUGUUUUUCCCCACUUUCUUCCCUUGCUGCCAGGUAUAUGAUGCUGUGGACUUGGCUCCAAACCAGCUGAGUUCCUGCUUUUUUUUUUUUUUUUUUUUUUUUUUUACCCCUUUAUGCCUGACCACCUCCUGUCUAUCCAAAACACUCAGUGCUGGAGGCAGGACAGAGAGCCAGGUCUUACUUUCCCUAAUACAGUUUUCUGACAGGACCUAGGCCAUGAGGUCUUCUCCCACAGGGAUAUUCUGUUCGAGUGGCUUCUGAUAGGGUGAACAGGGUCAUUACUUCCAAUUCUACCUCUACUGUAACCUAUCUUGGGAAUCUUUUGUUUUUCCCUUCUGAGGUUUGUGAGCCUGACCUUACCUUCUCCUUGCCUCUGACUUUAUAUUUCCAGAUCCAUAUUCUCUUGUAGCCCCAGCAGCUGGGGACAAGUUGGGUGCUGUUUACCAUUCAAACAAGUCAUAGACAUGAGGGUUUGCAGUUGAACAGAACCAAGAGAGGAAGUUCUAGUCCUUUAAAAAUGGAACCUGUCAUGUGCCAGCAUUUUUUAAGGGUAAACAAAGUUAAGGAGCAGGCAGAAGGGGUGAACUGCCUUUUUCUGGGAGCUAUCUUAGGCUAUGAGAUAGGAGCAGAGGGACAACAGCCUACAAAGGAAUGGUCUUCGACUCCACAUUUGAGCCUGGCCCAAGGACUUAAGCUAUUCAUUCUGUGAUUAUAAGCCCUAUUYUGGAAUAGGAACCAUAUUAACAAAAGAUGUCUUCUAGCCCUGCUCCUCAAGGGUUGGGGUUCUUCUUCCCCUCAGCCACCAUAUAUCUCAGGGCUUCCUUCUCUGGCUGCAUUUUCAUGGUAGGAAUUCUGCAUUUGAUAUAUGAUAUAUUUAAUAAUGCAAUAAAGCUGCUUUGAUUU